CACCGCAGCCAAGGGCUGAGCUGCUUCCUGGUGGGGCCGGGGGUCCCAGCGUGGGUGCUGUGCUCCAGAAUGGAUCCCUCAGCGCAGGGCUGCUCCACCCUGGCUGCUGACCCCUCCCCUGCCUCCCACCUUCCCCGCCCCUUUCCUGCCCGCAGCCCACGCGUGGGGGGCUCCGCUGUUCCCGGGAAGGGGCCCGGAGGCUCCGCUGCCACAUCCCUGCCGCAGCACCUCGAAGGUCGGGUGGAAAGUGAGGGCCGGGCGUCCCCACAGCCUCCUCGGAGCCCGAACUUCCCCUUCGCUUUCUAGGAACCCCAGAAAAACUGUGAUGCUUCUGUGGUUUGGCUUCACCUUGGGGCAGCCCCACAGGGUCCCGUCUCAGUAUAAAUCCAACCUCCUGCCGGCCCCCAGCCCACAUUGAUCCCACCGGAGCAGCGCAUGCCACGCAGGGAGAUGCUGGUGCUGGUGGGACUGGUGCUGUGCCUCACUCCUGCGGACGCCCUGACUGCCUUCCCCCCAAAGUUUCAGGUGGGGAAAGUGAACGGGAACGUGGUGAUAAAAUGCAACACCUCGGAGCAGCGAGUGACCUGGACGCAGAACGGGGAGCCAGAGCCCAUGGCCGAGCUCGUGGCCGAGGGACAGACUCUCACCAUCCUGGGCUUGGACCUGCCGGCUGCGGGCAAUUACAGCUGCUGGGCCGGCACCGUCCUGCUGGACACCACCUACGUGGUGGUCAGCGGCACCCGCGAGGAGGGGAUGAACGUCUCCUGCCAGGCUGAGUCCUACCGCGGCUCCUUCCACUGCUCCUGGACCGGCCCCUACUCCGCCGUCUUCCGUGCCCGCCUCACACGCAGCGACGGCUCCUUGGGGGAGUGGGUGCCGGCGGCCAGCCACCACGGCCGGUUCAGUGCCAGCUUUGUGGAUCCCUCGUUCUGCCCCUUUGCCGAGGAGCUGCACCCGCUGCAGCUGCAGCUGGAGGGGCUCUCGGACACCUCCUACCUCAACUUCUCCAUCCACUUCUUCGUCCGUGACAUCGUGCGGCCCGACCCGCCACAGGAGCUGACCGUGCAGCGCCGGGGGGAGCAGCUCCACCUGGCCUGGGCCCCCCCGGCCUCCUGGCCGCUCCCCCGGUCUUACUUCGCCCUGCGCUACUGGCUGCAGUACGAGCUCCCCAACGGCACCCAGGUUGACAAGUACGUGGAGGGCGCGGAGGAGACGCGGCUGCGGGCGCGCGCGCGGCGGGUGCGCAUCAGCUGCCAGGACCCCUACGCCAAACCCGCCUGGAGCCCCUGGACUGCCUGGCAGGGCGUCGAUGUGACCCAGCAGCGCCAGCUCCGAGCGCGCUGACCCCAGCACGGACGCCCCCCCCUUCCCCUUCGCACCCGUCCCCGACCCCCACUGCACCUCCACGUGCACGGGCACACGCAGGGCGGGGGGGCUGGGGGGCACCCCCAGGUGCGGCAGCCAUAGCCCCCCCUCCACCAACCUUCCCAUUCUCUUGUACGGUUUGGAAGAGGCUUUUGGUCUCUGUUAAAGAGCUGGGCUUGGCUUUAC